CUUUCUAACUCCGCUGCGGCCAUGGCUCCAGUGAAAAAACUUGUGGCGAAGGGGGGCAAAAAGAAGAAGCAGGUUCUGAAGUUCACUCUUGAUUGCACCCACCCUGUAGAAGAUGGAAUCAUGGAUGCUGCCAAUUUUGAGCAGUUUUUGCAAGAAAGGAUCAAAGUGAACGGAAAAGCUGGGAACCUUGGUGGAGGGGUGGUGACCAUCGAAAGGAGCAAGAGCAAGAUCACCGUGACAUCUGAGGUGCCUUUCUCCAAAAGGUAUUUGAAAUAUCUCACCAAAAAAUAUUUGAAGAAGAAUAAUCUACGUGACUGGUUGCGCGUAGUUGCUAACAGCAAAGAAAGUUACGAAUUACGUUACUUCCAGAUUAACCAGGACGAAGAAGAGGAGGAAGAUGAGGAUUAGGAAUAUUUUGUAUGAGUUCUUGAAUAAAACUUGGGAACCAAAAUGGUGGUUUAUCCUUGUAUCUCUGCAGUGUGGAUUGAACAGAAAAUUGGAAAUCAUAGUCAAAGGGCUUCUCUUGGUUCGCCACUCACUUAUUUGUAACUUGACUUCUUUUUUUCUGCUUAAAAGUUUCAAUUCUCGUGGUAAUACCAGAGUAGAAGGAGAGGGUGACUUUACGGAACUGACAGCCACUGGGGAGGCAGAUGCCGGUGUGGAGGUGUGGGCUGAAGGUAGUGACUGUUUGAUUUUAAAAGUGUGACUGUCAGUUGUAUCUGUUGCUUUUCUCAAACAAUGAUUCAGGGAUACAAGUGGGCUCCUCUCGUUCAUUAAAAGAAAAUGUGACAUCUUCUAAGAUUCUCUGUGGGAAAAUGACAGUGUCAAUAAAAUGCGGGUUUCUGGGCCA